UUGAUAGUCACACACACACACACACACACACAGAUGGAGGGAAGCCAAGACUUGUCCUAUCCCCUUCUCCAGCCAUUCAGUUGUGUAUCAAUUUCAGCAACCCCAAUAGACCUCAGCUUCGAAUUCAGUGGCAAUCAAACACCCGAAGAGUUUGUGAUCAGGGUGAACAAAUAUCUCCAGCUCCAUGAGUCCCAUAAAAAGAUCAACAAGUUCCGUGUUUUCUUCUGUGCAUUUGAAAAGUUUUUGGCUGAUAUUGAGAAAUGGAUAGCAUUUGCAACAUCAAGAGGAGUUGAGGAGCUUGAUCUGGACUUCUCAGUGGGAUAUGAACCUUAUAAUGGCUUCACCAAUGGAGGGAAGUCAUUCAAACUGCCAGAUUUCCUGUUUCAUUGUAAAUCACUAACAUAUCUCAGUUUAAGAUGCUGUGAUUUUAACCCUCCUUCAGGCUUCACUGGCUUUCCUCAGCUCCGGUCAUUCUCCUUCAAAGACAUGGUUGUCACUGAUGACACAGUGACUAACAUGUUAGCUGCUUGCUUGAACCUUGAAUGCUUGAGGUUUGACAACUGCUCAACUCUGAAGCGGAUCAACAUCUCUGGGCCUAACCUCCAAGUGAAGAAUUUAACUAUUCUCAGCUGUUAUGAUGCCUAUGGGAUACUGAUCUCUGCUCCUAUGCUCCAGUCUUUUAUUUACCACGGAGAAUGUAAUUUCAGUGAUGUCAUAACGCCUUCAUUAGUGGAUGCUUUCAUCUCUUCUCUUGGCAUGGAAAGCUGUGAACCUGAACAUGACUAUGCGAAGUUGUUAAAUGAUAUCAACCAUGUCAGGAUCCUAACCAUAUGCACUGGAGCGUUGAUGCACCUCACAAUUUACGACGAAUAUAGCGACAUAGAUUUGCAAGUUUCCUUACCAAAUCUGCAGGAAUUGCAGCUCCUCAUGGCUUGUAUUAGCAUUGAGUAUCUCACUUGCAUCUAUGGCUUCUUCAGGCUAUGUCCCUCCCCUAAUGUGGAAAAAUUAUUUAUACAACUUCCUAAGUUCCAUGAAAAUGAAUAUCGUUCAAGUACUCCAGAGCCGGUGGUGGAAGAACCAAGUGCUGUUACUUUCAACCAUCUGAAGGUGAUCAAGAUGAACAACUUCAAAGGUUGCAAGAGUGAAAUGAGACUGGUUAGAUUUCUUUUGGAGAAGGCAACUGUCUUGGAGGUUUUGUUGUUAGUGGUUCCGAAGAAACCUGGCAUGGAAGAAGAUAAUUCUUCAUCAUCAGGAACACAUUACUAUGUGGACAGAAGGGAAAUGGAGAUGAUACAUGGGCAACUGGUUUCAUUCCCAAAAUCAUCCCCUGGAGGCAAAAUAGUUCUGUGUGAAUACGAUGAGGAUGAUCAAGGGAUAACUCCAACACACACUGAAUAUUUUUGGGAAUAUUUCUAAUUUAUUAAGUUAUCGUCAGUUGUGAUAUUACUACUAGUUCAUGAAAAUAAAACGAGGACGAGGCGAUUGCUUCUGGGAGCCCUGUCCUGUUCUUCUCCCUUA